AUGGACGACAUCCUCAGCUUCCACGCAACAAACGAGCAAGCAUGUCCGGUCCGCAAACGCGACGACUUCUCCGCGGACACUGAGAACGACUCGUCUAUUGCUAGUCGUGUGAAAGCCCGUCGUACAUCCACGAUCUCCUCAGCAUCAUCCCAAGCAUCUCCUCCUGCUGCUAUCUCGGACCCAGCUGAAGCCACAACUGCAUCUACUGUAUCGGCUCUCACUCCGCCUUGGUCUUCAGAUUUGCCGACGUCCAUUGGUUUACUUCCUCAUACUCAGGAUGGUAAAGUCGAUGUCUCUGAUGUCGCUACUCUUCAAGAGGAUCUUACCGACCUUUAUCACCGACAGAGUCAUGAUGGUAUUUUUGCCACUGGUCAACGACUGUACAACUACUACUGGCCGAAUAAGAUGACGACUGUUACUCAAACUGUCCGACGGUGUGACCUAUGUGAGUCCAACAAGACUCACCCUCAUGACCGACAACUCAAGGAGCUUCCUGUUACUCCUUCGUUGCCGGACCAUUACUUCGAUCAU